CCGUGUCAUGGAUUGUACCUGCUGGACUUUGCUCCCUGGAGGAUACCUGAAGUCGAGUUCAGACUAUAUUCAGACUGGAUGUGAAGAAGAAGUUGCUCAGCAUGAGAAUGGCAGGUGCUUUGGAGAACCUUCACUUGAGGGUCAUAGCUGUGGUCCUUUGCUUUCACCUUCCUGCAUCAGUGGAAACCAAGUCACGGUGGAUUCAUCCUGACGCACAGCACGGCUCAGGCUGCUGGUGGGCUGGGGAGCUCUGGCUGAAUUGUUCUCUCACUGGAGUAUCUGCUCUUCCAGAAGACAUACCCCAAACUGCAGUGACAGCUGACCUGAGUUACAAUACCAUCAAAGCCUUUCUGUGCCCUGAGGGAGGAAAGGGAGAAUGGAUGCUGAAACACCUGAAUCUCAGCCACAACCUGAUCUCUGAGCUCGCCUUAACUACUUGUAGAAGCUUCCCUGGUUUAGAAACUCUAAACCUCAAUGGUAAUGCCAUCCACACCCUCACCCUGGGCAUACCCACACCUGGACAUGAGCCUAACAAGCAUGGAAAGGUUGAUUGUCUACUGCCUGCUUUGAAAGUGCUGUCAGUUGAAGGAAAUAAGCUUAGCAGAGUUCCAAGAGGACUAGGCCUGCUGCAGUCUCUACAAACUGUCCACCUGACAUCCAAUGGCAUCAGACACAUUGAGCUGAACGACUUCCAGAACUGCUCACAGCUGAAGCACAUCGACUUGAGAAAGAACAAGAUCACUGCAGUUCAUCUGGAUGCCUUCAGGGAUCUCCACAAAUUACAGGUGGUGGAUCUCCGUGACAACGCCCUGGCAACCCCUCUGCCACAGAUAUUCAUCACUCUGAACUUCUUCCAGCUUGAAGUGGACUUGUCAGGCAAUGCCUGGAUAUUCAGCUGCAAACUCAAUGCCUUCAAGCAGUUGCUCCAUUCUCUUUUUGACUCCACCAGGCAAAAGUGGAGUAUUGCAUACACCAAAUCAGCCACCAACUCACAGAAACCUCUGCUGCACCUUUCAAGCUUCCAGCUAAACUGCAGCCAGGGUGUUCUGCUCAAGAGGGUUGCAAUCCCAGUGGGGCAGACAGCAGUGCUGAACUGUGCCUUGGACAACACAAGGGGUAAGGGAGUCUCUUGGUGGACACCUAAAGGCAGAAUUUCCAAAGACAACCAUCUUCCUGACAUGACACUGGGCAACAGGAGUCAGUUAGUGAUCCACAAGGCUGAGAAAGCUGCUGCAGGGCUGUACUUGUGUGCUGUUAACACCAGCCAGGAGAAAUCUCUCCUCUACAGCGUGAAGGUAGAGGAAAGGCUUUCAGCACCGCUGCUCCGAAGAGCGCGGGACACAAACGCUGCCUUGGGCCGAAGCAGCACAGAACAGGAUCUUGCUCUGGCUGUCUGCCUCUCAGUCUUCAUCACCUUUGUUUGUGCUUUUUGCCUGGGUGCUUUUGCUAGACCCUACCUGGUAAGCCUGUGGAGAUUCCUGCGCAGGAACCAAAGCUCAGCUUCAGAACAUACCUAUUCCAAUCAAGCUUUUUCAGACGAGACCUGGAGCAGAGAGCUCUCUGCAAGCAAAGCAACAAGCACAGGGCACAAUUUGCUCAUUCCUGAGGAGACCUCCUCAAGGGAGAUGCACACCUUCCCUACAGAAGCUGCUGCUCUGUAUGAAAACGUCACUGGUAGCAGUGUGCAUGCACCAAACAGUGCAGCAGAGUACCAGAAACAAAGCACUCAUGGGCUCAGCGCGAAGGAGGAGUCAGUGGCUGCAGACCUCACAAGCAGCCAGGGUGGCAAUACAAAUGUUGAUGCCAAUAGGCUGCUUUCUCUAAGGACAGGUUACCAGAACUUCCCUGAAGUAGAAACACCAAGGAAAUCAACAAGUAAAGACAUUUCACUGUGGAAUGACUCCAAAUAUGUAAUUAAUGAAGCCUCAGAGAAGAGCAGGCUCCCUCCCCCAGCCAGAAGAUUGAGUGCUGGCACAAACCACACCGACUCUUCAGACUCACAUUUACCUUUCACAGCAGAAACUGACUUCCCAUCCUCCACAACACAAGCCCCACACUCUAUGAUGAGCAAGGCAAGCCACAGCUCUGGUCUGCUGCAGCCUGAAAUCACAAAGGCUAUGGGGAAUUUAAGUGUGAGCCAAACAGCAGCAAACUCUCCUCUCCCAGGGUCUGACUGUAAAACCGAAGGUACACAGGAGAAAGGUGCUUCAGCAGCUGUGUUUGGUGACAGCUCUUCAGAUGAAGGGACUCCAUUCACAAUGAGUGACUGCAGCUCUUUAUCAGACUUUGAACUGGACCACCCUGAUGGUAGUGCCAACCUGCCAGCCCAUCAGUUAGCAGCAGAGGAAGCCAAUACAAGCAGUGGCAGUGAGAAGCUCUCAGCCUUGCCAGCACCUCCAAACAUGGCUGUUGAACUGCAGGGGGCUGGGGAAAAUGAAGCUGAGAAUGACACCCAUUUUGAAAGCACUACUCCUUCUGGACCUGGGCCCAUCACACCUGGAACAGCAUCACCUGACACUGGCAAAUGUGAUGAGCACCUGAGCAUGGCAGGUUCAGACACAGCUGCUUCAACUCCACAACCUCCUGCUGGCUUUCCUAAGGCAGAGUCCCCAGCACAAAACUCUGAUCCUCUCUGCAAUCAAAGCACAGAUUUUAGGCAUUUGUUACUCUCCUUAAAGUAUUAUCCCACACUUGAGGCAGAUGCAGAGGACACUCCUCAAGAGGCUGAAUCACAGCUCUAUCAUUUUCCUGGGGAAUCUCAGCAUUCCCCCAGCUCCAGUCCCACAGCACAAACAGAAAGCACACCAGAGGGAAGCAGAGACAAGCACACAGGUCAGAUCUCCUCUGAACAGAAUCAUGAAGGGGCUGUCAGAUGGGGAAGCAAGGCAAGAAUGUCAGAGGACAGUGAUUUUAGUUUGGCUGCCAUUGGUGAUGGUUUGAAUGGAUUUGCUGAAGAAACAUCAGUGCUGCCUUUCAGCAGCCAGGCACCUCUUCAGCCUCUGCCCCAACACGCAGCUGGAAACCAUUUCACACUCACUACAGAGGACUUUCUAGGGCAGGGGGAGCAGGUGAACACAGCCCAGGCUUGUGCAGACCACAUGGAAAGAGGUUUUGGGGAGAAUACCUGUGGUGGCUGCACAGAGUUAGAGAGCAGCAGCUGUAGGCCACCCCAGGAGACACAGCGGCGCAGCCUCACGGCAGAUCUGCUGCUUCUUGACUCUUCCAUGGAAGCAGAGUCAAGCAUCAGCACAGAAGAUCAUCUCCAAGGGGAUCAGAGUGAUGAGGAUGAGCAUUCCUUCUCAGUGCCACAAGGUUCCUUCAGCAGAAGCACACAAUACAGCUCAUGGCCACUGCCACAGGAGACUAGAGGAGCUCUCACCUCUGAAGGCUCCGACUCCAGCAAGCUGCAGGACAAUGCUGCUCUGACAGGACUGGAGAACAAUUCCACAGCAGCAGUCAACCUCCAGUGUGCAAGUGAAAAACUCCCUGGAGAGAGUCAGGCUGAUUCAGGACAGAGACAGUUCUUUGUUAAGAAGAGAAGAGCAUUUGAUGGAUUUGCUAAAGUCUUGCAAAGCAGCAGAGCAGACUCCAACAGCUGGGAUAGCAACGUGUGAAGUCCUGCAGUGGGUGUGGAAAUUAUUCUGGCUUUAAGUGAAGUCUGUAGCUUCCAGUAACUGGUAAAUGUCCUGUUGAAGAGU